AUUUUUUAAUAUUUAGGUAAGCGCUAUCCAAAACGCUUUUUGGAUAUUUUAAUGGACCAUUACGAAGAAGUAAAUCAUACGUUAUCGUUUAAGGAGGUACUGGAUGAACUGGAGACAUUCAUGUUUGCUGGUCACGACACUACAGCUGCCGCCAUUAGUUGGUCACUUUUUGCUCUUGGUAAUGCUCCGGAAAUUCAAAAAAAAAUUCGUGACGAGCUGAAUGAAGUAUUGGAUAAUCCCUGUGAGCAAGUAACGAGUAAACAUUUGGCUCAAUUAGAAUAUUUUAAUAGAGUCGUAAAGGAAAUCCUUCGAUUAUAUCCAAGUGUUCCUGUAGUUAGUAGAGAAUUAGACGAGGAAACUAUAUUUGAUAAUUGUAUUAUUCCAAAAGGAACGUGGAUCAGUAUUCAGAUAUAUCAAUUACAUCACGAUCCUGAGGUUUGGGAAGAUCCUGAAACCUUUAAUCCGGAUAGAUUUUUACCAGAAAACAAUGCUCAAAGACAUCCUUACGCAUAUGUUCCUUUUAGCGCUGGACCAAGAAAUUGUAUUGGGCAGAAAUUUGCAAUUUUAGAAAUUAAACAUACCUUGUUAGGAAUUUUGCAAAAAUGGAACAUUUCCAGUGUUUUGAAACCGCAUGAGAUGAAACUUAAAUCAGAAAUUAUAUUAAAGCCUUUCGAUGGGAAUAUCGACGUACAUUUUACUCCGUUAGAAUAUAUAAUAAGUUAAUGAC